AUGAUUUUGGAUCAAGACGGGCAUCUUGUUUGGUUCAAGCCUAUGGGCGAGACUUACAACAUGAAUGUGCAAACCUAUAAAGGCCAAGAUUAUUUGACGUUUUGGUCUGGAGACGACUCGAUUGUUGGACAUGGUGAGGGGACCUACUAUAUGCUCAAUAAAACCUACCAAACACAAUAUCAGUUUAGCGGCGCAAAUGGACUACGCGGCGACCUUCACGAAUUCCAUAUUACCCUAAACGAUACCGCUGUCUACACAGUAUACGACAAGGUACCCGCCGAUCUAACGUCCGUAGGCGGAUCACAACAAGGAUGGCUCUGGGACGGCACCUUUCAAGAACUGGAUGUUGAGACAGGAGAACUGCUAUUUCAAUGGCGGGCAUCGGAGCAUUUCGGUUUUGAGGAAGCCUAUCGAACUCGAGAAGGGCAUGGAAACUCCUAUGAAGACCCCUGGGACUUCUUUCACAUUAAUAGUAUUGAUAAGGAUGAGAAAGGGAAUUUCCUCAUUUCUAGCCGCUAUUAUCACUCGCUUACGUAUAUUGACGGUCGCACUGGUGAUAUCAUCUGGAAAUUGGGUGGGAAAGACAAUAGGUUCGAAGAUUUGUCUAAUGGUGCUGCCACCAAUAUUAGCUGGCAGCAUCAUGCUCGCUUCCGGGAAGGAGGAAAGAGCAUUACUAUAUUUGAUAAUUCCUCCCGUGGCCAAGGAGCUCCAAUUCAUACUAGUCGCGGUCUGUGGAUUGAUGUUGAUCAGGUCAACAUGACAGCUAAGGUUCGACAGCAAUUCUGGAACCCUACUCCUAUCAGCAGCCAGUCACAAGGCUCGGUGCAGGUGCUUGAAAAUGGCAACGUUGUGGUCGGUUAUGGGUACAAUGGUGCAUGGACCGAAUUCAACCAGAAGGGUGAACCAGUCUGCGAGGUCCACAUGGGACCUGAAAAAUGGUUCGGUCAGGGACAAAUUGAAUCUUAUCGAGUUUAUAAACAUCGCUGGGUUGGCAAACCGACAUCUAUUCCAGUAUGGUUGGUUCCGGACCCGAAGCAGGGCAUCGGUUAUGUGAGUUGGAAUGGUGCCACUGAAGUCAAGACAUGGAUGGUGGAAGGUUCCUACGCAAAGGAUCCGGAACACACCACAGGUGCCUUUGGUUUUGUCGCUGCUUUGGCAAAGACGGGAUUUGAGACUGCCAUUUCUAUUCCUGAAAACAACACAUAUCCGCAACUACGAGUCGUCGGGUUAAACGAAAAGGGAAGACGACUCGGUGCAUCUCAGUUUGUCUUGGUUAAUCCCGAUUUCGACUCCAAUCUGUAUGAGACCAGUGGUAAAACAGAAGUUCCCGGAUUUGUGUUCUUUCUUAUCGGAUUUUUCACUUGUGCCAUGUUCAUGAUUUGUGGUUGGGCACCUAAUUUGAUACGUUUCCAACGUCAGAAAUGGGAGUCCCUAAACCCGAAGAAAAAUCGCUGGUGGAACAAACUUAGAUUUGGUCCUUUCAAGCAAAGUAAGAAAGACCUUGACGAUGUAGAAGAUACGUUGAGUGAGAGGGACGAACUUCUUGUUGCGCAUGCGGAUGAUUUUGAGUUGCCAAAAAUGGAAGAUGAUGAAGCUGAGGAACAAAUUCAUGUACCUAACACCAUCGAGAGAGGCCAUACACUCUUGGGUAACACAUAUCUAGUUGAAUAA